CACAGUGUUUUGAUUUGGUUCGGACUUACGGGGUUUCUAUGUGCUGCAUAUUCGUUGCAAAUUCCAAAAGGCUAUAAUCAAGAGUUACUCGUGCUGGGAAUCAUUUAUGCUUACAUCACACUUUACUUGAUAUUCUGUCAUGUCUCAACGGAUAUCGUUACGCAGCCUUGUUCAUCACUAUUAAAGACGGUCGGUCGACUCUUGGGACGCUAUGUAGGAAAAGGGAAACGUAUGAUGGUGAUAUAUGCAUGCCUCGUGACCGUCAUCAUGGCAGCCACGGUUUUUUCGUUUCCUGAAAAACCUGAUUCUCCCCGUCUAAAACGGCUGAUUUCAUUCUUUGGCUUAUUUAUUUUUAUUCUCAGUACGUGGGGAUCUUCAAAGCAUCGUUACAAGGUUCAAUGGAAUACAAUUACUACCGCCAUCUUGCUACAGUUUCUAUUGGCUCUGUUUGUUUUUCGCACGGAUGUAGGACACGACUUAUUUCAUUGGAUCUCGAGUUUUGUCGAAUCAUUUUUACAUGAAGCCUAUUACGGUUCCGAGUUUGUAUUUGGAACGGCGGCCGCAAACGCUGGUACGUUUGCUCUAAACGUGUUUCCGGCCGUCAUCUUUUUUGCUUCGGUCGUACAAAUGUUGUACUAUUUAGGAACCAUCCAAUGGGUACUGAAUAAAGUCAGUAUUGUCUUUAUUCACCUCUUGGCCAUCUCGGGUGCCGAGUCCGUGGUAGCCAUCGCAUCGCCUUUCUUGGGAGCCUGUGAAAAUGCUUUAUUGAUUGAACCCUUAAUUCCCAACCUCACUAAGUCGGAAAUUCACCAAAUCAUGACUUCGGGAUUUGCCACGAUUUCAGGGUCUGUGCUUUACGGCUAUAUUGCCAUGGGCGUGUCCGGUCAAGCCUUACUUACCUCCUGUAUCAUGUCCAUUCCUUGUUCCGUUGCUGUAUCCAAGUUACGUUACCCCGAGACAGAACUAUCGGCCACUCAGAGCAAGGUGGAAAUUCAUGUAGAUGAUGACACCACCAAUAUCCUGCAUGCAGCUGGAAAAGGUGCUGAAGUAGGCAUCAAAAUUGUCUUCUUGAUCUUGGCCAAUAUCAUUUCUAUCUUGGCUAUUUUAUAUGCCAUCAAUGGAUUCUUGACUUGGCUGGGUAACUUUGUGAAUAUCGACAAUCUCACCUUGGAAUUAAUCACUGGCUAUGUGUUUGUGCCUAUUGCUUGGCUUAUUGGGGCUGAUAAUAAGGAUUUGGUGAUUGUAGGAAGACUCAUGGCUACCAAGAUCUGGUCCAACGAGUUCAUUGCCUUCAAACAAAUGACAGACCUCUACAAGGGCCAAUUAUCCGUACGUUCUCAACUGGUUACCACUUAUGCACUUUGUGGUUUUGCCAACUUUGGCAGUGUGGGGAUGCAAGUGGCUGUACUGGUAGCUUUAGCUCCAGAUAGAACGGGAGAUAUAUCUCAAUUAGCCGUAUCCUCGUUAAUUUGUGGGUCUCUAAGUACAUGGCUAUCUGCUGCUGUUGCAGGAAUGCUCAUUUGAAUUUUUUUUAAAAAAAAACGACAGUCCUUUCCAUAACAAAUCUUCACAAGCCAAAAACACUGUGGGAUUGUAACCCCGGCAUCUUUCAGAUCCCCCCACCCUCCAUAUUCUACUUUAUUGUUUCUUCCUUUAUCUUUCUCUAUUUUCUAAUUACAUAAAAAAAGAAAUGACACAAAUAUUAGAAUCUAGAAAACCAGAACCUUACAUUAAAUCGUCUUGCAAGAAAUGUAUUACACCCAUUGAAUUUUUACCGGAAGGACAAAGUGUGGGUCAAAAGGUGUCUGUAAAGUGUUGGGCGUGUGAACAAGUUGAAACGUACCUCGUUACAGAACAACCUUCGAAACCUUCCACCGCUAAACCCAAAACCAACACUCGAAAAAAAGGCACAGGUAAUUAAGACAUCACCUUUAUUUUUUUUCUACUUUUUGAAACUCAUGGACGC